AAGUCCAAGUUUAUUUGCGAGAGUAAAGAGGCUUUAUCCGCGUAUAUUUGAACCGUCUCUGGCAGUUUGUUGUCUCGAUACGAGGUUUACACUUGUAACAGUUAACAAACUCGAUGCCAUUUAUUUCUCUUUUUCCUCUAUAAACAAAAAAAAAAAACUAAUUUCUUCGCAACAAAUUAAAUUUUGUGACAAAAAAAAGAAACAAAGCUUGCCAAAGAUUUACAGUUACGAAAAAAGCAAGAAAACUAAUUGUAGAAUGCUAGAAAUAAUCUAAUCUGUGAUUUAUCUCGAUGUAUAGUUACAGUAUUUUCAAUUCAACAACAAUUUGUGUUCACAUGGAACAGAGCUGACAAGAAAAAAAGUUUUACCAAAUGCACUAAACGUUAUCAAAAUGAUAAAAAAAAAGACUCUUCACUUAAUGCACACAGCAAAGAGAUAGAAAUAAUUUUCUAGUCUAUUAUUUACAUCAAAAAAUGAUAAUUCGACUUUUUAAUUAAUAAAAAAAUUCGAACAGCUAAUUAAUUAUUUCGUCCAGGAGAAAGAGAAUAUAUUAAAUAAUAACAAUGGAUUGGUAUAAAAAGUACUAUCGCAAAAAAGCUCAUUCAUUUCGUGGUGACAGUCUUGAAAAUUUUGACCAAAGAAGAGCAAGAUGGAGAAGCAUUUACGUUAUUUAUUUCACAAUGUUUCUAAUGUCUUUAGGAUUCAGUAUAGUUCUUACCGGAAUUUAUGAUUACUUACAAAAGAAGUUAGAUUCGACUGGAGUUGAAUUUAUGACAUUUGCCGUUGCCGCAAAUCCCCUGGGACAAAUGAUAUUCUCACCAUUAAUUGGCUGGUGGAGUAAUAAAUUAGGAUCAUCAAGAUUACCAAUGCUAAUAACAUUAGCCAUUUUUACAUUUGCUUCCGGAUUUUACAGUAUCCUCGAAAUUCUUCCAAUUGAAUCGAGAAAAAUGGCCAUGCUCGUGUCACGUUUUUUGGUUGGCGUAAGUUCCGCAAAUAUUGCGGUAGCGAGAUCUUAUCUAUCAGCUGCCACGAGAUUUUCAGAAAGGACACACGCUGUAUCGAUGGUGUCCCUAGCGCAGGUAUUGGGAUUUGUGGUCGGACCAGCUUUACAAGCAGCAGUGACAUUUUUGGGACCACAAGGAUUCUAUAUUUUUGGUUUGCCCAUUAAUAUGUAUACAUCAGUUGGUUGGAUUAAUGUACUAUUGGGCAUUCUUAAUUUUCUUCUAUUUCUUCCGGGAAAUUUCACUGAACACAAAAUUGCAGCUCGCGAAGCUUUAAAGGAGCAAAACGAUUCUAAUGAACUUUCAGAAGAAUCAACAUGGAAAUCAAGGAAAAUCGAUUAUGUCGCAUCUUGGACCCUAAUAUGUGCAUUUUUAGUCUUUGUCUUUAAUUUCGUUCUCAUUGAAACCCUUGGUAGUUCUUUGACAAUGAAUCAAUUUGCAUGGACAGGUAAGGAAGCAAUGUACUAUGUGGGUAUCAUGAUGAGCGUAGGAGCUUUAAUUGCCUGUGGAGUAUUCGCAAUGAUUGGACCAAUUUGCAAAAGAAUUGCUGAAAGAAAAGUAAUGAUGUGGGGUGGUUUCUUCUGCAUGUUUGUGGGAAGAUUAUUUAUGAUUCCUUGGGGACCGGAUCCACCGCCAAUUGCUGAAUACGGUCCAUUUGGAAAUGAAACGAUGCACGCGAAUGGAACGGAAAAAGUUGGCUGCCCAAGUAUUCAAGAAUGGUGUCGUUACACGCCCCAAAUGACAAUAACACAAUUUCUCAUUGGCUAUACAUUUACAACAAUUGGCUAUCCAUUGGGUGUGUCAUUGACACAAACGAUAUUUAGUAAAAUUUUGGGACCACGACCACAAGGUGUUUGGAUGGGUCUGAUGACUGGCGCCGGUUGUGUAUCAAGAAUAUUGGGUCCCAUUUGUGUUGGUAUCAUUUACAAUCGCUAUGGUACAUAUCAUACAUUUGGUGUCACUGGCGCGACACUUGUUUUGUGUAUUAUUUGGUUACAAAUCGUCGAUAAGAGACUUAUUCCAUUAGAGGAAUUAGAACAACAAGUGAAUCGUGACAAUAAUGUCGAGGGUUGUGAGAGAAGAAUUAUUCAAGUGCCAAUGAAAAGAAUGGAAAAUCAAAAUCAUCAUACGGACUCGACACGAGUUCCUCUAAAUAUUGAUCAGGAGAAUGAUAAACAUAUAGAAGAUUAACAUAUCCUGUUUUCUUUUUUCUUUUUUUUUUUUUGUGCAUAAAUUUUGUUUUCCAGUCGAUGACUUUUAUUUUUUUCUAUAAAGAAAUUUUUAUUUUCUUGUGAAUGAACUUUAUUUUUUUGUGAAUGAACUUUAUUUUCUUGUAAAUGAACUUUAUUUUUCCUGCAGAGAAAAUUUAUUAUUUUCGUUUGUGCAAAUAUUUCUACUUACUUGAAAUAUCAAUAUAGUGAUAGUAUCAAUUAUUAUACAGCACUUAGAAAUGAAAAGUAUUAAAAUAAGCGAAUAAUGAUAAAUUUUUAUUAUUUUUCGAAAAAAUUUUUUCUCUUUCCCCUUUUUUUACACGUAUACAUGCAUACAUAUGUUGAUAAAGAAAAUUUAGUUUCUUAAUUUUAAUUCUAAUUAAUUAAGUUCAUUAAGAAAAUAAGUCUAUUUGUGAUAAAAACUAUACAUGUUAUAAAAAGAACCAUAUGCUCAAAUACGAGAUUUUAGAAAUAAUUAUCACUUUUAUACAUUUGUAAAUUAUAAAUAAUAAUGUAAAAUAUUUUCUAGCCGUAAACUACUUAAUAUUGUUAUAUACGCGAAUAAAAUAUUUUUCUUAACAACAACCACUUGUGAUUGAAUGAAACUAUAAUUUUAUAAAUAGAAUAAAAAAUUUACAAUUUUCUAUU